AUGCCAACCAUAUCCUCUACUUCCAUCGACCAAGGAUCUCCUCCCUCUUCUCACCUUCACCAUCCCUAUCUUCACAAUCAAUCUUCCCUUCCUCCAACAACCACUGCAUCUGUACCGGUCUCUAACCCCCCGGUCGACUCUCGUCACCCUACUUCCGCAACCCCCGCCGUUGUCGCUCCCUCGUCCACUCAAUCAGCCAUUACAAGCGCCGCUCCUUCGUUCAUCCCAAGCACGUCCGGUUUCACUGGUUCUGUAAUUGGCUCGAUCUCACGCCGCAGUCGCCGCUCUUUUGCUGCUCUAGCUCGAGAAAAGACCUCCAGCGCCAUCGCAAACCUGUCGUCAAUUGGAGGCACCACCGCUUAUCCCCUUCGUCCGUCAGCCUCCUCCGGCAGCUUGUCCAAGCACUCGCGCAAGCCUUCCCAGGUCAGCAUCAGCGAAGCCGCUGGCAUCUCUGCCUUAACACCGCCACCUUCCGACGGUAGCGCUGGUAGUGACUCAAGUCCGGCGCCAAUUGAACCGUUAACGAAUCCUUUUACCGCCGCCGAACAUUUGGACAGGCGUCGCCAGACUCUUCCGCACGCCCCAUCCUCAGUGCCACAGCUGUCGCAGUCCGGGCCUGCUGUACCCCCGUCCAAAAUGCAUCAAACCUCUUCGAGGCUGUUGCGUAUGACCGAAGAUGAUCGUCCUUUUACGAAGGAUUUCAUGGAUCUCUUUUCGACCCUGAUGGUUAGCUUGAAGUUGGACUCGCAUCGCGUACGAUUUACGAAAUAUGACCAUUCGUUCACGUCAGAAGAAGCCAUCAACAACCUUGGAUCCCUGAAGUUUUCCCAGUCUAACCGGAUGCCGGACCCCAAGGACCCCUCCCGGAUCGUUACCACUACAACCACCACGACUUUCUCCAUGGCCAAGGAAAUGGCACGUUCGGUGUGCCAACGCUUCGUCGAUGCUCGCUUCAUCGAGUCCGUAGAUGGAAAGGCAGCCCAUAUCUUCCCGCUCAAGGGCGCAUUGUAUCAGCUCACCCCCAAGGGUAUCAACAUCCUGCAAAGGUUCUGCCAGCGAAAUGGAAUUACUGCACGCCAUGUGAUCGAUGUGCUGGAAUCGCCCCGGAAUACCAUGCAGCUGGUCAACCUGGAGCGUGAUUCCGAUACGGACAAACUGUCGCACGACCGGGCCACCAUUGAAGUUAUUUUCCGUCGAUUCGCGGGCCAGGACGGGCCCAAUGUGAAAAGCAGCAUUUCCACCUCCGAUUCCGAUUCGCUAAGUGACUAUUCUAACGGAUUAGUGGGGGUCAAAAUGGCCAAGGAACGCAAGGUCAAUGAAAAGAUUGUUCUGAAUACCUUCACCGGAAAGGCCGCCGUUGACUGGUUGAUGGACUGCUCGACUACGAUAGAGCGCCGUGAAACGGUCCUCAUCGCAGAGCUUUUCGUCAAGUAUGGAUUGAUCACGAUGCUUCAGGAGGACCGCAUGGUUCCGCUGCCGGACAACUCGAUUGUCGGCUUCCAGCCCUCCAAGAAUGCGAUUUACGGAAUCACGGAUCACGGACAGCGCGUUUGUGGGUGGAUCGCACGGGACAAGGCUCGCGACACUACGACCUACGAUAAUAGGGGCAUCCCGAGAGAUUCGAACAACGCUCGCCUGAACCACAUCCUUCGGGACCCUGCUCUGCGGCUACUCUUCCGGGAGUUCCUGCGCUUUUCGCUCUGCGAAGAAAACCUGUCGUUCUACCUCGACGUCUCCGAAUUCACGGCCACCUACCACAAGGCCGAGAAGGUCGGCACUUUCAAGAAGCCCGACGCUGUUCGCGAGACGCUUGCUGCCGCUUAUGGUCUUUACAACGCUUUCUUGGCUCCUGGAUCGCCUUGCGAACUCAACAUUGACCAUGCUCUGCGCAACAGCUUGGCCAGCCGUAUGACUAAAGCAGUUGGCGACGACGAAUCCAUGUUCAAAAGCCUUCAGGAGGUGGUGCAUCUGUUUGAGAUGGCGCAGACUUCUGUCUUCAAGCUUAUGUCAAGUGAUUCGAUACCGAAGUUUUUGCGUGAUCCCAAGUACGCCGUCGUUCUCCAGGAACAUGAAGUCGACUUGAUUGGCGCCACGAGAUCUUAUUCCCCUACGCCCGCCCCAGUUCCUGAGCGCUCCAUGAGCCGCUCGGCGCGAUCGUGA